UGAUUGGUUAAGAAAUACACGAACCCUAUUCGUCUCCCACGCUUAUGUGUGCUGUCGGCUGAAUUGUUGGCAAUAGCAUAGUAGGCCGAAGACGAUUAGUUUAUUUAUCACGUUUCUGUAGCUGACGGAAGGCAUUUGUAGCAGUGCAUCUUUAUUGACCUCUGAUAACCAUUCUGGUAACGCUAACGCUUCGUAAGGUAGACAGAGACGUCGGUAAUUAUUUCUAGGCUAAUACUAGCAUACUCUUAACGAUACACUGCAACUUCAGAAUGGGUGAGGUAAUGAAGAACUCCAUCACGGAAGAUGUUACAGAAACGUUGGAUAACUGUGUCAAAUAUUACACACUGGAAGAAAUAACAGCGCACAAUACGAGCAAAGACACUUGGCUUAUCAUUCACGAUAAAGUCUACGACGUUUCAAGUUUCCUAGAGGAGCAUCCUGGAGGCGAGGAGGUGUUGCUAGAACAGGCCGGCGCCGAUGCAACGGAGAGCUUCGAGGAUGUGGGUCACUCUAUAGACGCGAGAGAGAUUCUUCUGCAGUACUUCAUUGGGGAGCUUCACAUGGACGACAGGGGGAAAAAUAACUCGAAGGAGAUCUAUGUCAGUACUUCUGGAGAGUCAAGCUCAUGGACCACGUGGAUGAUUCCGGCUGUUGCUGCUCUUAUUGUGGGUCUUGUGUAUCGUUACUAUAUGCUGGAGCACAAGUCCUCUUGAUUUCAGGAAUUUAGCACCUUCUGUUCGUCUGGAGGCCACGGCAUGUUGGACCAAAACCUCCUUGUGUUGAAUGCACACAUUUAUGUCAGUCUUUUGUACAGAGACAGGGGAGGCAUCCUUACCCCUCCUGCUCUUCAGAAAACUCAAAAUGGACAGCUGAAGGAAGGCUUUUAAAUUGUAUAUCCAUGAAACUGUAUUUCCAUUAUGCCUUUUGGUUAGGCUCCAUAAACAUUACCAUUGUCAUGUGUUCGACAAAUUGCUAUAUGUAAAUGUCACGGUCACAUGCUUUUUUCUUUUAUUUUUUAAUACAGUGCUAUACAUACUCUGCUUUAUGCAGAUGAUAAACAGCAGCUUAUUGAUGCAAAUGCAACAACAUGGAAUAACUGGUUUGAAUAGUUUAUUUUGCAAUCUUCUGUUCAGUCAGUGGCCACUAUUGGGAAAACCUGCUUGUUAAUGCAAUUAUCUAUUCCGCUAAUCAUGUGAAAGCAACUCAAUGCAUAAAAGCAUGCUUGUCAUAUUUUUUUGGAUUCAGUUGUUGGAGAUCCAUGAUACACAAGACAAAUGUGACGUGUUGGGUGGUUUAAUUAUCUUAAACUACUGAUCUGAUUCUCAGAUUUUCCUGCAUACGACUCUAGGGAAUGGAUAUAUUACUUUUGUGACUUGUCAGAGUUUUUAGACAUUAUUUCAGUGUACGCUAGUGCCUCUACAGUCUCCAGAUCUCAUUUCACUGGAGCACUAUAAGGAUGUAUUGGACCUGCCGAUUCACAAUGUUGCUGGCGAUGGAUCCUACCCAGAAAGGUGUACAUAUGGUUGUCAUUGAGCAUAUAUAUUAACAACUAAUGUUACUUUGUAAUUGAGUUAAUGAGUAAUCUAUUCUUCGAAAGCUUUGUUCUGGUGCUGGGAAAAUUUCCGUUGACAUUUAAUGCAUUAUGGUUCAGAAGUACACAACCAUUUUAUAAUUUGUGUAGUACAUCAGGUGUAUUAAUGUGUUUUUGGAGAUCUAAUGAUUUAAUGUCAUUGAUAAUUUAAUAAUUUAUACCAUAACCUGCCUUCCGCAUAUGUAGACAUCUCUAAAUGUUAUGUAUCAAGGUAUUUAUUUGGUGAAUAAUUAAAUGCAUUUUUCUAUCACAUCAACUGUAGUUUUAUGCAAGUUUUAAAAACAUAAAUAUACAACAAAACUAUUCUAAAAGAUCUAUUGGUGUAAGCAGUUGCCCAUAUGCUGUAUUUAAACAGGGAUUUUUACUCUUGGAUGAACUUUUGAAUAAUUUUCUUCUCUGGCGAAGCUAACAUUUAGCUCCAUGGUGUUCAGAUUUUCAUUUGUCAUGACAUUCAUUAGAAUUGUAUUUGCAUAUCUAGGUUAUGUUCUAUAGCCUAUUUGUAUAAAGCUAGUCGUAAUAUGGAGUUCUAAUCCAUCCAUUUCAUCAUUAUGGGAGCAUGUCAUCCACGAAAUCCAUGUUUACAAUGUUCAUGUCUAUAUAGUCCAACUUUAAAGUUGAUCUUGAAGCAUGUUUGGUCUCAAAUUGUGGAAUCUACAGAUAUUUUACUAUUUCGGUUUUAACAUGACAGAAUUAGGAAUACUGCAGGAAGGCAUUCACUCAUCUUCGAACAAGGAAUGUAGAACAGUUGCAUGCCAUGCAUUGAAAAUAUUGCAUGUGGACAGAAUUAUGUGUUAUAAGGACGUUUGUUGAAAGAUAUUCACUUUUCUCCAUGAAGUGGGCAUUUUUAAAUGGAUGUUUUGGUACUUUGAUGCUUAAUUUUGCGCACUGAUUUUUUUUUCACCAAAACAAUAUGCAUUGUCCACUUAAGUGAUUUAGUCUUAUAGGUUUUGACUUCUGAAAAAGUAACAUUGACAACACUGCUGUGCUCCCUAACCUCCAGUCCAAAGUCUUCUAUAAUCUCGGAAACCAUGGUACGUUUAUCCGCAGUAAUCUUUGUUAAAUACCAUACAAUUUUACCAGUCUUGCAAUUGGUACAUUAAUUCCAGAAUACAUACAAGACAAGGCUCUUGGUUUACCAAGCAUAUUAUU